AUGAUGGACAUGUCUUCAGAUCCACCCGAAGCCACGAUGCAGGAGCAUCAUAUUGUCAAGGCAGAUGAGGUUGACCAAACUGGGACCGAUAUCUCGCCAGUUUCAGACGACCAACUCAUGGAGAAGGUGGCUGAGGGGCUCCGCCAGGAACAGGCCUCACAGACCGCACCCGCUCCUGAGAUGGCGCCCUCUGCGCCCGAAAAAUCCAUGAAACGACCAGAACUUCAUCGUGAGACCUCUGCUCCACCACCUCCGAUGCAGCCGCCCCCUCCAGCUCCCGUCCAAGAGGGUACGGAUCGGGGUGCGAGCUCUCUGAGCUUAUCAGAGUUGCGAAAGCUUGUUGGUGAAAUGCCCAAGAUCGAGCAACCAGCCUAUGCUUUUGAAUAUUCCGACGCCCAAUCUUUUUCCGAUGAGCUUGACGAGUGGUUCCAGUAUAACGCCUUUGAUCGUGUCAUGUUGACUGGCAUGAAAGCGACUUUUAACCAGAAAUGGCCUGCGUUUUGCCAGAAACACCAGCGAGACAUGCCCGGGAUGUCUUGGCUUGACGCAUCCAAUGACUUACGUCGUUCGUUUGUUUCUCAGAUGCUUGAGGAUUUGCAGCUUCCUGAAGUCCCCGCUCGAUUGGAAGCCCUUGAAGCCAUUUGCUAUGUCGUCACUGGCGUAUGGGGUAUCAGCGGUGGGAGGGUGGCACCUGAUUAUUCUUCAGAUGGAAAUCCCGAGUCAACAGCCGAAACGCCACUACUCAAGUCAAUGCAGAUCCAGUGCAUCGAGCAAAAUGUUUCCCUUCUCCAGGAAUGCUCCGGCGUUACCGCCUUAGUACAGUACAUGUGCCGCCUUUUUGAUAAGACCCGCUCAGCACUCGGGUCGGACUCCAGUGACGUUGAUUACGAGCGAAUUAACCCUGGCGAUAUUGCAGCGCCGGAGCGUGAGGCCAACUUGGUGCUUACAAGUUUAUACUUCGCCGUGGAAGUAGGUCGCAGGCAACAGGCGCAUGACUCUCAGUGCAGCUCAAUCCGCGAUGCACUGACCAGCUCAAAUCCUAGUCUGUUAGUCUCCAUUGUUGAAAUCAUCGCUCGACUGCGCUGGGACGAAUCGGCCAAUAUCCCGCUGACCAGGAUCCUUCUGUUAUUGUGGAAGUCGCUACUUCUCGUCUUCGGCGGGACCGAUGAUUUAAAGCGCGCAAAGGAAGUACUAGAGCCUGCUGUUUCCCCUGAGAAGGAUGAUUCCAAACGUAGGACUCCAUUUCUACACGCUUCCCCUCUAGACUACCAUCUCUUCCGCCAGGAAAUCACUUCCAAAUACCCCGCUUACAACCCUCCGCCACUUGUCGUUCCACUGGAAUUGGAAAACAAUUCCAUUUUACCCCCUCUUCCACACAAUUCAGCCAGAAUGAACUCCAACAGUGGUAUCUUUUGCGGUGUUGCUCCCUCAAUUUCGGGUGGAAAUGGCUCUAUCCUUCAACAGGCCGUUCAUAUUGCAACCCCUGCCCCAUCCCCACCACCAUCCCCCGCCGGUCCAGGAGGGAAAGCUGGGAAGAAACAGAACUAUCAGACCAACCAGAAUUUCCCCUUCAUGUACCCUCCCCUAGAUGAUUCUAGCAACCGCAUUGGCGGGAAGGGCUCAACAGAACGCCAGGAUACCUUGGUUGGAAAGAAAUGGGAAGGCAGUGAUGUCCCUGCGUCAAUUAUUGAAGCCGGAAAGCUCUUUUCAACCCAUGUGAAAAUGACCCGUGCAAUGCGGCAGCUUUGGCAGGAGCGUGAACACUUUAUGCAGUACGACCGUGGCUGGAACUCCGAGGACGCUGCUCAUUUCCCUGAUAACAUCUCGGAUGAUCUCCCGGAUGAUUUUGAACAUCUAGAUUUGUCCGGCGACGAAGAGAAGGCCGAGCCUAAACCCAAGCCAGUAGAAAAAGAAACAGACGAUCCCGAUAUUCAGCGGCGCCUGGAUGCGGUUGACUCGUUUUAUACCCAUACUUUAUCGCACCUUCAGUCCAUCACCAUUGUAUUCUUGAAAAUCAUCCUGACAAAUGUCAGCGCAGUUGUCAGCCAGUCUACUAGCCAGACUACGCAGGGCAUGAGUCUUUCCAUGAAUGGCUCCUCUCACGAUCUCCUCUCCGAUGCAUCCAUUGAUGAGCUAGACAACAUUCGUCUUCGCGAGAUCACCGGGAAAGCUGUGUCCGGGACUUUGUUGCUUCUCCUGAAGUGGUUUAAGCGAUCUCACGUUGACCAAUCGGUGGCACAUAAAAAUGACCGCGAAGACUUAGCUUUCUUCCGGUUCUGUCAAAGCAACACCGACCUUCCCCUGGAAACUGACGAAAACUCCUGCGGCGACACUGAAAGCGAAGACGAAGCCAUGCCACCCCCAAUAUCCCGCCACCGCCACGACCCAACAGCAAACGGCAGCAUGCCAGGCCUAUCCGAAGAGGAAUCGUUAACGGAUAUCCUCAACGGACCGGCACGCCCCGAAGUCGACGAAUUAGGCUACCCAACCGCGCCCCUCCCCAAAGAACCAAUCAAAGUAUUCUCCUUCCGCAACUUCUUCUCCGCUAUCAACUACCUACACAUCAUGCAAAAGAUCACGCGCAACAAAGCCCACCGCUGUCUGCUUCUAGUGCAGUACAAAUCAAGCAACAUCCUUCGCAAGGGUCUGAAAAUCCCAGACCCACACCUCCGCUUCUAUACCCUCAAACUCUUUAAAUCUCAAGUCCCGUACUGCGGCCGCAAAUGGCGUCAGAGCAACAUGCGCGUCAUCACGGCUAUCUACCUCUACUGCCGCCCCGAGCUUCGCGACGACUGGCUCGCUGGCUCUGACGUGGAUGCUGAGGUUGAAGAGGCUUUGCCGUUGGAACAGGCGCUUCGUGGUCUUACGCACUGGUGGCAUCUGCGCCAGUACAAGGAUGUCAUGGGUGGUGAUGAGGGUGCUUCUAUGAUGGAGGAAGAGCGUGAUUUCUUCGUUCGAGAAAUUGAGUCUAUGGGCUGGGGUGCUGCUGGUGAGAUACUCAAUGGGACUUGUGAUGAGGAGAUCAGUGCACCUAUGAUGCAGCAGGGCAGUGAAUGGGAGGGUGUGCCGCUGCCUAUGGAGGGGUGGUCGUAA